AUGCAAAACGAUGAACCAUUCGGUGGAAAAGUAAUGGUUAUUGGGGGAGAUUUUCGACAAGUGCUGCCAGUUGUCGAACACGGACAGAGGGAGGAUUUCGUUGAUGCUUGCGUUCACAAGUCUUUUCUUUGGACAUUAAUUCUCCAUUCAUCGUCUAAACAAAUAGGCAAUGGUGAAUGCAAUGACGCCGACAGCUGUAUUCAAGUGCCCGAAUACAUGAUGUGCUAUACUGAUAUUGUUACGGAAAUCUUCGGAGUUGCACUCGACCCAAAUAGCACGUCUGAACUGUGCGAGAGUGCCAUUCUUGGCACCGAAAAAAUAUUCACGUACAGCGCCUUAACGAUGUUGCUCUCGACCACAAUCCCCAAGACGAGCGCACAUACAAGAGCAUCGAUGAAGCUAUUUACCAUGAAGGCCAAGGCGAGCAGCUUUUUCAACAAGAAUAUCUGA